AUGGAGGGAAGCAACGGAUCUGGCUUUGGACAGCAGUCACCUUCAGCAUUUUCCAGCUCCCAGGGAUUUUCCUUAAAUACAUCUAACACAGCUAAUAAUACAGUAUAUAGUGAUUUACUGCGAUCAUCUGGACAAUCAGUGUUUGGUUCUCCAGCUGUACCAAGUUUUAGCUCUGUCCCAGGUUCAGCUACCAGUGGACCUCUUGGGGAAGUUGGAGUAGCAAGGAAUGUCAGUAGUGAAAGAAACCUUGGAAGCAUGCAGACAGGGAUGUCUGUAUUUAGAACUUCAGACUCACAGAUGAUCAGUUCAUACUCACAAAAUACUUUUCCUGUCCCUUUUUCAGCAGGUGAAUCCAGUCCUCUGAUGUCUGAAAAUUUAUACCAGAGUACUGGACCCUUAGGUGUCACGGGGUUUGCUUCUGGAUCAACUAACACAAUGUUUGGAUUUGGACAAAGUGUCGGUGGAGUUGGAUUAGGGUCAGGAUUUGGUUCUAAUACUAACACAGGGUUAAGUAACACAGGUUUUAAUUUUGGACCCAGUGGCACAGGGUUUGGGUCAGGAGUGAGCAGCGGUGGAUCAGAAUUUAAAACAACCCCUACAGGAUUUGGCUCAGAAACUAAUAUUGGAGGGUCAGGAUUUGGCUUCGGUGGAACAGGAUUUAGAGGUACUGAUAAUGGUGCAGCCAGUAGUGGACUUCGGCUUGGAUCAAACAGCAUGGAAGUUACCACAGGGUCAGAUCAAGGUGCAUCACAGUCUCUUAGUAAAGGAUUUGGGCCUGGAUCAAGUAGUAAUGUGUUUAGUGUGCAAUCAGGUGGUCCAGAAUCUGCCUUUGGGACAAAUAGCUUGACAUCCAUCACAGGUCAAGGAUCUGGUUCAGCCUCAUUAUCAGGAUCUGGUGGGUUUUCAUCUAACCCUUCUUUUGGAGGAAGCAGAUCAGUUGGUUUUGGUGGGUUUAGCUUCAACACAAGUGAGAAGUUAGAUUUUUCAACACCAACUACAACAGCCAUACCAGUUGUCACCACAGGAUUUACGUCCAGAAACAGUCUUCCAGAUUUUGGAGCUAAGAGCUCAUCCAGCAUAUUUGGUGGUGCCAUUGGCAAUGUUAACAAAUCGGAAGUUUCUGUAUUUGGUGGAGCAAAGUCAUCACUCGGUUCAGAAUCUGCUGUUCUUAAUAAAUGGAAUACUGCAUCAAACACUGACAAAGGAAGUUUUCCUGGCUCAAAACUUCAUGAAGGUCACUCAUCCAUGCAAGGAUUUAGAGCAACUACUGGGACUCUCCAAACAAACUCAGAUAAAGAAUCUUUAGAGCAGAAGCCUCCUUUUGGGAUGGCACUUUAUCGGCAUACAGAUAAAGAUGAUUCUCGUACUGCCCAAAUCCGUCAUCCAAACCGAAAGUUUACAUUCAGCUUAAAUUCAGCACCUGGAUCAGCAGCUUCUCAUUCUUCUGGUCCAGAAUUUUCUCGUUUGUCAGGGACCACGGAAAGCACAGUCCAAGCAGCUGCACUGAGUGGACACAAGAGAACAGCAGACCAAGAUGAUGGUACAGAAACCAAAAGAGGCCGGUCUAGCCAACCAGAAACAAGAGACAUACAACAAGCAGGCAGUAGUACUGGUUUACAGUCAUCUGACUCUGGUACUUGCACACCAGAGAAGAGGAACAUACGGAGAUCGUCUUCACUUCUGGAAAAUGUCAAAAAUAAGACAUCUAUAGUGUGCAAGCGUGUACCAGCUAAAUACAACAAGCACUCUUUUCUGCAAUCCCACUUUUCCAAGUUUGGUAAAAUCACAAAAAUUCAUUUGACACCUAACAAGAUGGCAGCCACCAUCGACUUCACAAGUCAUGAAGAUGCAGCUAAUGCAAAAGCUCAUGGUGCAGUUAUUUCUCCCCAUGAGCCUCCUCUGUCCAUAUUCUGGAGAUCUUCCUCAUCAGACAAGUCGACAGUUAGUCAACAGGAAUCUAAACUGAGACACGGUACGCACAAGGUAUCGUCAAAGCCCAGUUCAUCUUCAACAAGAGCAGGUCUUCCUGAAGAUAGCAGGCAAACACUGCUGCAGAAAAGGUCAAUGACAUUGUCAAAAUCUGUAGCUGAAGAGCUGGCAAUCAUGGGUGGUACUGCUGGUUCAGUAGAUGAUGUGGACUACCAAGUUCUCAGUCGGCCAAGGGAAAAGAAACAUUCUGUGCAGGCAGCUGAAGGAUCCAGUGCAGGUGGCCCCAGUCGUUACUCACCACCACCACAACCAGCACUAUCACCCUCUAAAGCUACUUCAGUUCCUGUCAAACAAGCCAAGCUAGAAAGUGUUUACAAUAUUGAAGCUGCAUUAUCUAGCCUGCGUAGAGCAUCAGCCACUACCACUGCAGAGAAAAUCAGUAUUCUGGAUACCCGCGAUAAGCUUCUCAGGCAAGCAAGAACCAAGAAGCAGAGCAGCAGUAUCCAUUCUCAGGCUUUUGUGGGGACUUGUCCAGACAUGUGUCCUGAAAAGGAGCGUCUGUACAGAGAGGAUGGGCGACUACUUAGCAUCUAUGAAAUUAUACCAGGAUCCAGCAUAUUGACUGGUUCUACAUCUCAAGUAGAUCAUUCAAAGGCAGUGAAGGAGUACAGCCGUUCUUCUGCAGAUCAGGAGGAACCUCUGCCUCAUGAACUUCGCCCGCUACCAGUGCUUGUUAGGACUAUGACGUACUUACUGAAGGAGAUUGCUAAGACUGGUGAAGAUGGCAAGUGGGCAGAAUGGUAUGAUUUCCUGUGGAACAGAACUCGUGGUAUUCGAAAGGAUAUAACACAGCAACAGUUGUGCACUAUAGAAGUGGCUGGACUGAUUGAAAAGUGUGCACGUUUCCACAUAUACUGUUCCGAGCGACUGUGUGAAGAAGACAUGAUGGUGUUUGACCCCAAGAUCAACAAUGAAAACCUGACCAAAUGCCUCCAGACACUAAGAGAGAUAUAUGCAGACCUAGAAAACAAACAUAAUGUUUUUUGCUCCAGUGAGCCUGAGUUUCGAGCAUACAUGGUUCUGAUGAAACUUAAUGAAGGAGAUACCCUAAGGCAAAUUCAGCAGUUGAGACCAAGUGUGAGGAAUUCUCCAGAGAUUGAAUUUGCAGUGAAAGCCUACUCUGCUCUUAACUCUAACAAUUAUGUCCGAUUUUUUCGACUAGUGAAAUCGGCAUCAUUUCUAAAUGCUUGCAUUCUGCAUCGCUAUUUUAAUCAAGUACGGGCACGGGCACUGCAGAUCAUCCUAACGGCUCAUUCCAUUGGCCCAAGACAGCGAGUGCCGUUUCCGGUGUCAGAGUUGAAGCGACUGUUGGCAUUUGAGAAUGAGGAGCAGACAAGAGAGUUCUGUGCAAACUAUGGCCUGACCACCGAUGGGUCCGACAUGAUGAUGCUGGACAGAGUAGCGUAUGUGGAGCCAGAGAGCUCCAUUCCAGCCUGGCGUGCAAAGGAGCUUGUUGAGUCCAAACUCCAUGUGUCUGUUGGCGAGGUGAUUAAUGGAGAACAACUUCCAAGUGUUUUACAUAUGCCUCCUCCCCAUAGCAGCUUCAACAGUCAAGGCCAGUUCAUUGGCUCUCUGGAGGACAUCCUUGAAGUACAAACACAGAACAAAAUUGCAGCUAGCCAGCAACAGCUGGAACCAUACCUACCACCAAAAGUAUCACAGACACCAUCAUCAGAAGCAGUAGCUGAGAACAGAGUAGUCAUCAGCAAUGAGGCAGUGAAAGGAGUUGCAAGGGACCUGUUCUGGGAAGUUAUUGAUCAAAUGGCACAUGAAGUCUCUAGGUCGUUCUGUGAAGCUAGACACUACUUGCUGUCUUUUGAUGUUUCCCUUACCGAUGACAUACUUAAAGAAGUUUUAAGGGAAAUGUCACGGGAGGUGUGUGAUGGUGUGCUGCAAGCUGAGCACAGCCAACAACAGCAAAGGGCAGCAGCAGAAGACAGAGACAGGAGGGAGCAAGCUGUAGAUGAGAUUGCAAACUCACUGAUUACUAGCACAGUACAAGAAGAGAUGGCGUUGAUAGCAGAUACUCAUUUGAGGGAGGCGAGAGAACGUGACCGAAUUGAGCGGGAGAACCGAUGUGUGGAUGUGACAAUGACUGAGCUGUUGACAGAGGUGACAGAUGAGCUGACCUCAGAGGUGGUCAACACCAUCUACUCUGUGGAUGUUGUGCAGCGUCUACAGUUGUUAUCUGAUCUUCAGAAAGCAAUGGAGCUGAAAACAAUGGCCAGAUUCUUGUCAUUGUGGAGAAGGCGUCAGAAACAUUCAAUGCUGGAGUUCCCCAGUGCACCCUCAAUGAUCCCACCAGAUCGCAUGCUGCAGAACCUUAUGCCUGAUCGACCAGAUCACAUUUCUCCUUUCCUGCCGCAUAAAGCGUCCUUUCUGGUCAAUAGAAGGGCCUGUCUGACGUUGCUUAGUCCUCUGGAAAGUGAGAGACAGUCCUUGACACUUACAGCCCAUCUGUCUCUUGCCUCUCUACUCCGAAAUCUGCAGCGCACACGAGCCUGGCAACCUCUGCAGCUUUCAUCCCUUUUGAAGAAGCCUUUGACUUCCUGUGUCCAGCAGUGGCACAGAGAGGACUUCAGGGUAAGGCAGCACAAUGGCGUAAUGUACAGGGGCAUUAUGUAUGCUAGGGAACACAUUUACUGGAAACUUCUGCUAUUACUUCCUGAAAAGGUAGCAUUGAGAUGGGAGAGAGAGGGUGACCCGCACAAGGAGUGGCUGAAGGAUGUGUCCAGAACUCUUAGUCAGUGGCUUUGUGCAAAGUUCUCUUAUGGUGGUGGACAACAGGAUUUAGAGAAGGGCAUAUUGAGUUUAUACAGAGUACCUCUUCCAACAUCUGAUGACAAAAACAUGCCACCUCAGUCAGUCAGUGUCUGUGUUCGCACCACUCUACCAGACCCAGGUGAUGACAGCACGCAGACUGCAGCAUGUGAUCUCAAGUCUCUUGCUAAGGGCAGCAGUGCCAUCAUGUUUCUGUUGCCACACCAAGAUACAACAGAUGAUACUGUUUGGAAGGCCUCUGGCCAGCAACUGGACAAGGUUCUGAAGGCUAAGCCCAAGGUUCCUGCUGUGCCGCUAUUAUUACUUAUGCCUUGCACUACUGACACCUCUGUGGGGAUCACAACUGCUGCAGCAGAGGUGGUGCUGGCCAGACUGGGUCUGGGAAAUCUCAUGCAGCAGGGACUUGUGUCUCAGGUGGCUGUUGCUGCUCUGCCUGUCAAACCUGGGCAUCCGGUCAGCGAAGCUGUCACCUUACCAGUCCUUCACUCGCAGCUGAUGGAGGCAGUCCAGUGGAUGGCUGCACAAGCUCCAGAACCACCUUGCUUACAGAGCUGCAGCUUGGGACAACUAGUAGAAGAUUUGCUGGCUGAGCAUUUCUUUACACCGGUGUUGCAAGACCUUCACAUCAGGCGCCUGCACGGGAAGCUGCACCAGUCUCCCAACACUCUUAUCAGCCUGUACAACAGCGUGCUGGAUCACAUGGCGCUAGCUGUGACAUCUCCAUCCCUUCAAGCCAUCUCAUGGCCUGCCCCAGAGUUUGUCUCUGAUAGAACACCGUGCGAGGGUUUGCCUUACAACAACUGGAACAGUAGAAGUCACCUUGCAGACAUCUACCAGCUGAUAACCAAUCUGCGACUGCCAUGGUUUCACUAUGAAGAUAGAUCAGCAACAGACUGGAUACAUGUGUGUCGUGAUGUGUGGACUUUUGUUUCAGGCAUUUGCAGCAGCACCAGUCCCUCUGCCCCCCUCACUGCCAGGGUAUCACGUUUGCUGGCACAUACUUGCAUGGAUUUUGACAACCUAUGUAGCCUGACAAAUACUGAAGAUUAUUGCACCCCUACCUAUGUCAGUGCCCCCUGGACUGAUAUUGUGAUGGCCUGCGUCAACUUCCGACUGGAAACCCUCUGCUGGAAGCAGGAAGAUGAUACUUCAUCAUCAGACGUGCGGGUCUUCUAUGAAGAACAAGAGAUGACAGAGUUCGAACCCCCUGGGACCUGGGUGCAGGCUUUACUUGACACUGAAACCACAGAUGUUUCAGCAUUCAGUGAUAGUGAUGAAGAAGUGAUGUCAGAUGACGACGCUAACACCUCCUUCAAUAACAACUGCUUGAUAGAGGACAGAGCAGAUGAUGACCGAGAGCAGGUGAAGGAAGACCGGUGGAUACUGCAUGACAACCUGCAGGUAGAAUGUGGGCAUCAUACAGACUUGAGUGAGGUGUUUGACCUCUCCCACAGACUCGCGUCACAGAUGGAGGAAGAGAAGCGCAGGUCACAUCAGUUCGAAGAGUUCCUGAAGAACACGCUGACAGGUCCUGCAGACAUGUCUACCCGUUGGUCUCGACAUUUGACUCCAGCAUACUCCACCAGCACCAGGCUGCAUUGUCGUUCUCCCCAAGUUAAUGCUUGGUCUCCAGCAUCCAGCAACAGCAGGCAUCUUGCCAUCAACACUUCUCACAUCUUUGCCAGAGACACUGUGCAGACACCAUCGGCAGCUGCACUUGGCCUUGUGUCCAGCACGGUGCAGGCUGGGGAGGCAGCGGUGCUGCAGGAUGAACUAACCAGUAGCUUACCGCUGGAACAGUCAAUAGAGAGCCUGAGGGAAAGCAUUGCUUCACAAAGACAAGCCAGUGAGCUCUACGAGAAGCGCCUCCAGAUGAUUCUGGAUACUUAGGGUCACAGGGGGCGCUUGACACUAGCUUAUCUGUGCAUGAUGACAGUGAGUGAACCUGUCAACCUUUGCCAGGACCCUUUUUUCUGUGGUGCUGUCAGUGACAAGCUAAAGACAAAUUUUCUAAAUAAAUGUUAUAAAUACCAUCCAACAUCAAGAAGACAGUGUUAAACUUAUGAUUACUUUUUUCUUUGGAAAUGUGAUCAGAAAGUAUCAGUAUGAAAAGACAUGUUUUUACAUGUAAGGAUAAUAAAGCUCCAUGGCAGUAAA